UCUCAUUCACUCAACACAAAAAAGUGCUCUCUCGAGUCUCUCUGUGUUGUGAAUCAGAGGCAGCCGGCGGGAACUCGUUGAGAUCCGAUAUCUUUGAAAUAAGAUGUAUACAGCUGAUGAACCACUAUAUCCAAUAGCCGUGCUCAUAGAUGAGCUGAAAAAUGAGGACAUCCAGCUGCGGCUGAACUCAAUUCGGAGGCUAUCCACAAUUGCACGUGCUCUUGGGGAGGAACGGACACGAAAGGAACUGAUCCCAUUUUUGAAUGAAAACAACGAUGAUGAUGAUGAGGUGCUUCUUGCGAUGGCGGAAGAGUUGGGGGUGUUUAUUCCAUACGUUGGGGGAGUGGAGCAUGCCCAUGUUUUGCUCCCACCUUUGGAGACCCUUUGCACUGUUGAGGAAACCUGUGUGAGGGAAAAAGCUGCGGAGUCGCUGUGUAGAAUUGGCUCUCAGAUGAGAGAGAGUGAUUUGGUUGACUGGUUUAUUCCUCUGGUCAAGAGAUUGGCAGCUGGUGAAUGGUUUACAGCACGAGUCUCUGCAUGUGGAUUGUUUCAUAUUGCCUACCCUAGUGCCCCAGAGACGUUGAAGAUAGAGUUGCGGUCAAUAUACAGUCAGUCUUGUCAAGAUGACAUGCCUAUGGUUAGGAGGUCCGCUGCAAUGAAUCUGGGGAAAUUUGCUGCAACUGUUGAAUCUGCUCAUCUAAAAACCGACAUCCUGUCAAUGUUCGAGGAUCUUACACAGGAUGAUCAAGAUUCUGUUCGAUUGUUGGCCGUCGAAGGCUGUGCGGCUCUUGGCAAGUUGUUGGAACCCCAGGACUGUAUUGCACAUAUUCUACCUGUUAUUGUUAGUUUCUCUCAGGAUAAGUCUUGGCGGGUGCGUUACAUGGUUGCAAAUCAAUUAUAUGAACUUUGUGAAGCUGUCGGGCCUGAGCCUACUAGGACGGAGUUAGUCCCUGCCUAUGUGCGGUUGCUUCGAGAUAAUGAGGCUGAAGUACGAAUAGCAGCUGCUGGCAAAGUAACUAAGUUUUGCCGGAUUUUAAAUCCUGAACUUGCAAUUCAGCAUAUUCUUCCUUGUGUGAAGGAGCUGUCAUCAGAUUCUUCUCAGCAUGUCCGCUCUGCUUUGGCUUCAGUUAUAAUGGGAAUGGCUCCUGUCUUAGGAAAGGAUGCCACAAUUGAACAGCUCCUUCCAAUUUUCCUUUCUCUUCUGAAGGAUGAAUUUCCUGAUGUACGCCUCAAUAUUAUCAGCAAGCUUGAUCAAGUGAAUCAGGUAAUUGGAAUCGAUCUGCUGUCUCAAUCCUUGUUACCAGCCAUUGUUGAGCUUGCAGAGGAUAGACAUUGGAGAGUACGGCUUGCAAUAAUAGAGUAUAUCCCUUUAUUGGCAAGUCAAUUGGGUGUUGGGUUUUUUGACGAUAAGCUAGGUGCUCUUUGCAUGCAGUGGUUAAAGGAUAAGGUUUACUCAAUCCGUGAUGCAGCUGCUAACAACUUGAAGCGCCUUGCAGAAGAGUUCGGUCCAGAGUGGGCAAUGCAGCACAUAAUUCCACAGGUUCUGGAGAUGACUAACAAUCCACACUAUUUGCAUCGGAUGACCAUUCUGCGGGCAAUCUCUCUCCUUGCUUCUGUUGUGGGCUCAGAAAUAACAAAUUCAAAACUGUUGCCAGUGGUCAUCAAUGCAUCAAAGGACAGGGUACCCAACAUAAAGUUCAAUGUGGCAAAGGUGCUCCAGUCCCUCAUCCCUAUUGUAGAUCACUCGGUGGUGGAGAAGACUAUCCGUCCCUGUUUGGUUGACCUGAGUGAGGACCCAGAUGUUGAUGUCCGAUUUUUCGCCAACCAAGCUCUUCAGUCCAUUGAUCAUGUUAUGAUGUCUAGCUAGACAGCGUCCUUCCACAAUUUCCCCACCGGACACAAGUUUAUAUGCCUUCCUUUUUGCUGGAGGUGAUAUUUUCUUUUGCGCAUAAAAUUUGUCGCGUCUUCUUUCGUCGUGAUUUUUUUAGUGGUGCUUUAGUAUAUUGUGACUAACAUUCUGAGCCAUUUAUGGCUACUGAAGUUGUGUGAUCGGAUGUGGAAAAUAUAACAUAAUAUGAUCCAUUUUUGUUA